UUCACCUGUCUCCAAUUAGCAUUAGCAAAUGUAAGUCCUUUCUCAGAAGGUCAGGAAUAACCCUUUCUCCUGGUAUAUAAGGUUGAAGGCUAAGCAGGAUCCAUCACUUAGUCUGACUAUACAGUUGAUUACAAGAUAAUCCCCUGAAUAUUUCAUGCAAGAAAGACAGCAUACAGGCAGUAAGGGUAAUAACCAAAACAGACGGUCUGGCUAAUUAGCUUCAGUCUGGCUUGCUUAAAGAAGGAUCAAGCCAGGAUAGAAAUAGCUGCUAAUGUUGUUCACAACUUAAGACAGUGCAGAAACAGAUUGUGCAUAUGAUCAGCAUAGCCACAUCCUAUUAGCUCUGUCACAACUUCCAGCCAAACCUCCAGGCAACAUGGAAACUCAUGCACCUGGCAGAAGGCAGAAGUGGGGGAAAAGAACUGAAGCAUUGCUAGGACUGCCUACUAAGAAGGCAAGAAGAGAUAUCAUGGAUGUAGUGUCUCCCUGGAUAUGUGGGAGCCAAUGAAUAUUCCAAUUAUUUCUUCUUCCUGGGAAAGACAGAAGUACCUCCUGACUUUCCUCUAGCUUCCUCACACCCAAGUCUGAGCAGACAGAAGGCAGCAUCAUCAAGAGACUCUCUUUCAGCAUGCAACAGCAAAUACCUCACUGUUCCUCGAAACCAUCCUUCCUUGCACAGCUGCUGUGUCAAUGGAUCUUUUGAAGCAGCUAACCAUAUGGAGUCCUACAGCAGUUCAAUUAUAAACAAUUACCUGGAUGGGACCCAAGGAGGGGCUGUGGACUCUGUGAGUGGCAUGCACUUCAGGGACAGCAAGAGAAAGGUCGACUAUGUUUUAGCCUACCACUACCGAAAACGCCUUGCCCAGCACCAGCAUGGGGCCAGUUCACCAGAGCCAAUGAACAGGGCAGGCUCCAUGACUGUUGUUUCAAAUGGAGAAACCAGGAAGGGUCGCCUCAAGCUGCAGCCAGACAGUGGCCAGCACAUCCCACAGGAGCUGCUGGGGGCUCAGAUGAUAGAGCUGGGCCCACUGGACGCCCUGGAGGAAGAGAAGCGACUGCAGAGGGAGGAGUAUGAACACAACCUGGUGGCAGCAGGGCUAGAGAUUGAGAAAGACGCUGAGGUAAGAGUGGGAAAGCUGUGCCUCCUGCACAGCAUUGGGUACCUGGUGGGGCUAAUGGAUGUCUUGUUGCAGGAGAUGACUACGCAGGGGAUGUAAGCAUGGGCAGGCCAUGGUGGUGGGCCAGUAGACAGGCUGUGGCCCUGCAGCAGAGCCUAGCCUGCCUUUACUCCUGCCCUGGUUUACACUUUAUGUGUAGGACAUCCAUGAUGUAUUUUAUGGUCAGUUUAAGGAGCCUAUCCUGAAGAUACCCUGUUACUAUCCGAGUAGUUGAUACUAUCAGAGUAGUUCAGGGCUGAAUGUCCCUUGAUCAGAUGUUGCCACUGCAGCUUUGAAUUCAUAUCUUCAGAAGUAAAUUAUAUGAGCUGCUUUAUACAUGUCUAAAAUACAGAGUGAGGCCAAGAAGAAGAUGGAGAGGAUUGCUUAGUUCUUCUUGUGUGAAAAAUACUUGGUUAUUUAAUGUGCAGUUGAGUAGAAAUUUUGAUCUUACUCCAGUGGAAAACAUAUUUCUUUAUCUAAAUGUCCUUAUGGCUUGUGGUAAACACAUUUUUCUUGAAAAAAGAAGAAGUGUUUACAUUUCAAUAUUGUUACAAUGAAGAAAAGCUAUUUUAAGUAAUUUCUUGGAAUACAAAGUGUUGCCAGGACAUUUCAUAUUUCAUUUUCAGUCUGAAUCCUAACUUCUUUCCAGCUAUGCAUAAGUUUUGUGUCAUUUUCUUCAUUCCAUGUAUAAAACAAACAGCUUUUACAUUGCAACAGAAGAAGUUGAAGAAGAACUCCCAGGCUUUACUGUGCUUAUUCUCACCAUAUGUGUGUGGUACUGCAAAGUGCUAUAAUCAUAUCUGCUGCAAGUUUUGGCUACAUUACUUGACUGUCACUAUAUAAAGAGUCUGCAGCCCGUUGGUGAACUGAGCAUGGGGAAAAUCCCUUGCUGUUGCAUUGAGCUCUGUGCUAUCUCUUUGACUGUCUUUUUGAAAACCAUAGGUAUUUCUAUCUGUUGAAGGAAAGUCCUUGUUGGGUUCUAGCUUUAGGUGCUUUAUGUUGUUUUUGACAUUUUAUGGCUUCUUUCUAGAGAUGAUGAGCACUUGUAGCUUAUAUUGCUUUCAGUGCAACCAGUAAACACUUCCAAAAUGCGCACAGGUUGCAUCUGAAAAUUUGAGACUAGCUGACUUAGCAUAGCAAGAGCACAUUAAAUCACUGGCAGGAAUAAAAAGGAAUAGAAAGGCCUUUUGACUCUUAUCGUCUUCCUUGUUCUGUUUGCUGAGUUGCAGGUGGCUUUGGGUUGUAUUUCACUGUAUAGCUAGGCUGGGCCAUCGUUGCACUGAAUGGAAAAAAAGUGAUCUCAGAUCCUGAUUCUUUUGUAUUAAGCAUUGGUGUUCAGGUUCAAUACUGCUAACACAUGACGGUCUUACUCCAAUAUUUUUUUGUAACCAGAUUGCAUAAAUCCAAUGAGAACAGCUGUUUUUGGAGAUUUUUUUUCAGUUCUGAAUUUCAUCAGAGAUAACAACUCUAGCAGGAGCUUUGGAUUUGAUUAUUUGACCCAUAUCUUACUCAAAGUUGAGUUGCAUUCAAAAUUUUGGCUUGCAUCCCUUCCAGGUGAUAAUGUUUACUCUUAAAUAACACAAAAGUAAUAAAUGAUGUCAUAA